AUUGUGAACGCAGCAUUUCCAAAACAGCCACAAGCCAAGGAAGCUCCAAACACCCCAUCGCGGCUACUUCGUACGUGUUGAGUUUGCAGGUAAAAGCUUGGCAGUGAGGUGGGACUACACCUGUAUGUUCAAGUUUGAGCCAAAAGAUAGCUCAGCGUGACACACAGCAUGACCAAGCUGUCAAGGCAGCCUCUUGAAAAAGCUAACAAACAGCUGGUGUCCCUGAGGGGCUCCUUCUGGCACCUCCACCUUGGAGAUGCACGGUCUCUUCAGCUACGGAAGCGUGCUUCUGCUGCACUGAUAAGAAGCUGCCUGUGAAUCAAGAAGAAAAAAAAAAAAAAAAAAAGAAAAAAGUCAGUGACAGUCUGUUGCGAUCGCAGCUGAGGUAACAGCGUGCUGGGCGGGGAGGGGAGCCCAGCCCUGACGUGAGGCUGCCUCACCACCACCGCCACCGCCGCCGCUGCCUGCGAGUGGCAGCAGGGGAAGGGGAGACCUCACCAGCUGGAGCUGCCCACAGAACAGGGAUGAAACUUUGUGGACAUGGCCUCAGACACAAUGAUUUUUUUUCCCCUCUGGAGGAUUUGGGCAAAAAUAACUGCAUCUGAAUUCUGUCCUGAGUGGUAAAGCUCUACAGGUCACUUGCAGACUCAAGAUGUGGACAAAAUGGAUGGGAAAACGGAGAAAUUUAGCUGUUUGUCGUGGCAUAAUGUGGGUAACUUUACAGUAAAAACAUUACUGUCCUGUAAGAUCACGACAGCAUUUCUGUCUUUAAUUAUUGCAGAGAAAUGUGAAGCCUAUGAUGUGAUGUUUAGGCACAGUCUUGUGCCUGAUGGGCAGCCUCUUGCUAUUACAUGUUCUCUGGAAAAGAGCUUGAAUUUUAAAAGUGGAGACUACAACUUAACAUGGUAUAAAGUUGGUAACCAGACAGCUGUGCCUAGAGACAAACUUUCUAGAAUUCAUCAGCAGAAGAAUUUAAUUUGGUUUCUCCCUGCAAUGUUAGAAGAUUCUGGAGAUUAUGAAUGUGUCAUAAGUUGCAGGAAUUUGACAAGCUACAGCAAAAUGUCUACAAAAGUAACGGUUUUUGAGAGGAUUGAUGGUUCGUGCUUAAAUGAAAAAUUUGCUGUAGAGGAGGUGGUAUUCACUUUAUCAUCUGCAAAGGUUGUGUGUCCACACUUGAGUUACUUCAGGAAUGAGAAUAAUAUUCUGCCUGUUCGCUGGUAUAAGGACUGUCAGCUAUUGAAAGGGAAAAGGUUUGCCUUUUCAAACAGUGAUCUUGUGAUUUUCAAUGUGACUGUGCAAGAUCAAGGAAACUAUACAUGCAAAACAACAUAUAUCUACAAUGGAAAGCGAUAUAACAUUUCACGAGACGUUAUUCUGACUGUAGCAGUGAGCCCACCAAAAAAGCCUCCAGAAAUAUCUUAUCCACGAAACAACUCCAUUGAAGUGGAACUUGGCUCACAGGUUACAGUGGAUUGCAAUACAACAGGUGCUGAUGGGUAUGAGGUGUUUUGGACAGGCAACGGUGUGUAUAUUGAUGUAUUUUAUAUGAGCAGAAUUUUUGCAAGGCCUUAUGAGGAGGAAACUUCUUAUGACGGACGCCCUAUCUAUUCUGUGAAGCUCAUAAUUUCAGAAGUGAAUAGUGAAGAUUAUGAACAACCGUUUGUCUGUCAAGCUUCAAAUGCCUUUGGGCAGGUUGCAUCCUAUAUUAUACUAAAACACAGAGUUCCUGAUACACGAUCAUGGCUCAUUGGAGGGCUUCUCUCUUUGUUGCUUUUAACAUUUAUUAUUUUAAUAAUCUAUAAGAUUUUCAAGAUUGACCUGGUGCUUUGGUACCGGGAUUCUGGAUGUGCCUCUGCAAGUAAGGAAGAUGGGAAAAUCUAUGAUGCAUACGUCCUGUACACAAAAGGCAGUGGAGGCAGCAGCUUCUAUCAUCUGGAAACUUUUGUUCUUAGAAUACUCCCCAGUGUUUUAGAACAACAAUGUGGAUAUAAUCUCUUUAUAUUAGGAAGGGAUGAUUUACCAGGAGAAGCUGUGGUCAGUGUUGCUGAUGAAACCCUUAAGCAAAGCAGAAGGCUGAUGAUUAUUUUGGCAUCGGAAACACCUAGUUGCCUGUUAGAAGAUGCUUGUGAACAACAAUUAGCUAUGUAUAAUGCUCUCAUCCGUGAUGGGACUCAAGUAAUUCUUAUAGAAAUGGAUGAAAUACUGGACUACACAAGCAUGCCAGAAUCAGUCAGGUACAUUAAGCAAAAACAUGGGGCUAUCCAAUGGAAAGGAGACUUCUCAGAAAAAUCUUGUUCAGUGAAUACAAAAUUCUGGAAGAAUGUACGCUAUCAGAUGCCAUCUAAGAAAAAAUUACCUCAUUCUGAAAUCUAUUUAUUGCGCCAAACUUUGAACAGUUCCACAACGAAGGGAAAUUAAAACCCACUUUUAAAAAUAAUACUGCAAAGGUAAUUCUAAAAUGCUUUCUACACAAAUUCUGUGUGUUAUGAACAGAGUUUUCUUCAAGGAGUAUAAACUACUCAUCCUGUUCCCAAACUAUACCCUAAUAGGAAAACUGUGCAACUUUGUUUCUGUUUGGGCUAUGGAUAGUGACCCAAUUUAUUGUGUUGGCCUCAACCAGACAUUUGAAGUACGCGUGCAGAUGUUGGUGGACUGUUAAAUAGUGGUAAUCUACAGAAAUGUAAUAUCCACUGAAGAACCAACCUUGAAGACCAUUUGUUUUCUAAUUGAAACUGCAGAUGAUAAAUUAAAAAUGUUUGUGUAGUCUGCGUUUUCCUAGCCUUUCUGUUCUUCUUGUUGCCCCUCCGUGGUUGUCUGACUUCCCCAUUACCAAAGGAAUCUGUACUGUGCAAGCUCUGGGGGCCCUUCCUUAGCAACAGUCCUCAUCAUUGCUUCUUUAAGGGGAUGGGGAAAUAUAUGACAUAGCAGGUAUGUUUUAAACUCCUCAUGGUACUGCAUGCAUUUCAGCUGAACAGUUGAUUACCAAAUGUGUUAGAGAAAUUGAAUGAAAUCCAUGACUUCUUAAACAUUUAUUGAACAAUCCUGUGAGAACUCAUACAUUGCUUUUUUUCUAAAUUUAGUUGCUUGAAAUGAUCAGGAAAAUUAAAAUAUUUCAGACUUCUUGCAAACUCGAAGCUUUCUAGACUGUGCUCCUACUCAGGAAAACGUUCGCAUUCUGUGUCUCACCUGUGUUACCUACCUAGAAAUUGCACUAAGAAUUUGUCAAAGGGGAUGUGCUUGGGCUGAGCAUCCUGGAUAGGGUGGAAAGUGGCCAGUUCUGAAACCUGACCAGGAGCUGAUGGCAAGAAAUCAUAUCUUGUUUAUCUGCGGCAGAAAAGAAAAAAUAAA